CUACCGCUAACCCAACUUGCUGACAGGCGCUUUGCGAGAUACAAUGCGAAUUUUGGUAAUAUUAUGGCAUCGGAAACCCUGAAAACGCGUGCCAUUUCUGCGUUUAAUCGGUUGUCGCUGGGAAGCAGCUUCCGAGUCCUUAAUUAGUGAAGUCAGAGGGCCGGACAAUGCUAACUAGUUAGCCCGGGGUUGUUGCUAACUGGCUAAGGAAGUUAGCCGGUUAGCUAGCAAGCCGCGUCAGCUUGCCGGAGGCUGAUUUUCUUGUUUGGCGCAUUUCAAGCCUAUUCACCGACCUCUAACUGUUAAACCGCCCCCUAAACGAAAACUUUAGAUUGUAGCUUUACCAAUGUCAAAUAUAAAAUACUGAAACUUCCAUAUUCCGCUUUUAGAAUGAAGAGUUAACAGUGUUUUACCUGAGCGGCUGUUUUUUUGCAAACGCUACUCUUUUGUUUUGACAAAGGAAGAGGACCUGAGUUUCUUUUUUGAACACCAGUUCACAUCUGGUGCUGGAACAGUUUCUUUGGGUAUUUCUUUUGUUGUUAUUUUGGCAAUGGCUCCGCAGAAGCACAGCUCCUCAGGUGGAAGCCACCCGGUGGGUUUUGGUUCUGGGGGAAAAGCCAACGGGUUGUACCAGUCGUCCUCCUCUGCGAUGGCUGUAGCCAAGAAGCCCAACAUGCAACUCAUUCAAGCCGACCACGAGUUGUUCCUGCAGGCCUUCGAGAAGCCAACCCAAAUCUACAGGUUCCUCCGCACCAGGAACUUGAUAGCUCCUAUAUUCUUGCACAGGACACUCACCUAUAUGUCCCAUAGAAACUCAAGGAAUAACGUCAAAAGGAAAAGCUCCAAGGUUGACAAUCUGUUGUUCAAAGUGGAGAAAAUGAGAGGCGAACAGGAGAGUCACAGCUUGGCCUCUAAUCUGCAGCUCACCUUUACUGGCUUCUUUCAUAAAGCUGGAAAGCCAUCUCAGGACAGUGAGAAUGAGCAGAACUCUGUAUCUCUGGAAGUGCUGCUGGUCAAAGUCUGUCACAAAAAGAGGAAGGAUGUGAGCUGUCCGGUGAAGCAGGUCCCCACAGGGAAGAAGCAGGUUCCUCUGAAUCCAGACACGAGCACCGGAGUCCAGGCCAAGCAGGGCUCCUUCCCCUCUCUGCUGGUUCCCAGCAGUGAGUUUGAACCCAGCAACUCUCACAUGGUCAAGUCCUACUCCCUGCUCUUCAGAGUAUCGAGGCCUGGAUACCCCCGAACACAGAUCAACGGCCUGGCCAAUGGAGAGAAUCACCACAAUAGAGAUUUUACAGAGGAAGUGGUAAACAGGAAGAGGAGGAGCUCCUCACUCCGGGAGGAGGGAGAAACCACAUUUGUGGCUCAGAUGACUGUCUUUGAUAAAAACAGACGUCUGCAGCUGUUAGAUGGGGAAUACGAGGUGUCUAUGCAAGAGAUGGAGGAGUGUCCGGUCAAUAAAAAGAGGGCAACUUGGGAGACCAUCCUGGAUGGAAAGUGUUUACCUCCAUUUGAGAGUUUCUCUCAGGGUCCCACUCUGCAGUUCAACCUGCGCUGGACCAGCGACUCCUCUGAUCGCUCCACAGCACCUGUGGCCAAACCUUUGGCCACCCGCAAUUCUGAGACCAACCAGGACACCAGACCUAGCACCCUGAGAGCCAUGCACACUCUGGCUGUUAAAGAAUCCAUAAAUGCUGACAUGCAAACCAGACGAGAACAAAUCUCCACUGAGUCACGACAGAAGCUACGCAUCUUCUACCAGUUUCAGUACAACAACAACACACGGCAGCAGACGGAGGCCAGAGACGACCUCCACUGUCCUUGGUGUACCCUCAACUGCAGGAAGCUCUACAGUUUGAUCAAACACCUUAAACUGUCUCACUCCCGCUUCAUCUUCAACUAUGUGCCUCAUCCUAAAGGAGCAAAGAUCGAGGUCUCCAUCAACGAGUGCUAUGAUGGUUCAUAUGCAGGAAACCCUCAGGACAUCCACAGCCAGCCGGGCUUCGCCUUCAGCAGGAACGGCCCAGUCAAGAGGACCGCUGUCACCCACAUUGUUGUCUGCAGACCCAAGAGGAUGAAGGCGAGUCUGUCUGAGUUCCUAGAGCCGGAGGAAGGUGAUCAGGAGCAGCCGAUCAUCAGCGGACACAACCGCCUCUACUUCCACAGCGACAGCUGCGUGCCGCUCCGGCCUCAGGAGAUGGAAGUGGACAGCGAGGACGAGAGGGACCCUGACUGGCUUAAAGAAAAAACUGUCAAGCAAAUCGAGGAGUUCACUGAUGUCAACGAGGGAGAGAAGGAGAUCAUGAAGCUCUGGAACCUCCAUGUCAUGAAGCAUGGCUUCAUAGCAGACAACCAGAUGAAUGAGGCCUGCCUGCUGUUUGCUGAUCACUACGGCAUCCACAUAGUCAAAAACAGCCUCUGUCGCAACUUCCUGCUGCACCUGAUCAGCAUGCACGACUUCAACCUGGUCAACACGCAGACCAUUGACCAAGCCAUGGCCCGCCUCCGCCUCCUGCAGAGCCAGGGCGCUCACAGGGACAAAGACAGGGCGGAGGAGGAGGAGGAAGAAGAGGAAGAGGAGGACUGGGAGACGGCCGUGGAGUCCCAGCCAGAGCUGGAUCCAGAUCCUGAUCUCGAUCCAUCUGAGUACACACCCUGUAACGAUGAGACUAGCUACAGCUGCCUGGAGAGUGACAACCAGCAGAGGGAGGAGGAUCUGUGACAGAGAGGCUGACCUCCCAACAGAAACUCUUCAGCUCUGGUUUUGAUUUCAAACUGAAUUUAAAACUCUGAGCAAAGAUCCCCAAACAGGAAAAUGGAGGCCAGAAUCUCCUAAAAGGCGACAGACAAACAGGUGUUAAAACACACACGAGUUACUGCAGGGAUUAUGUUUUCAAGGGCAGGUUACAUCACACACAAGAUGAAUUUUUAGGUUUUUCAUUUACAUCAAAGAGGUGCUUCAUGGCGUCAUUUUAUUACCUGAGAAAGUGAGGAAUUCAGAAAAACUUGAAGCUGAGAACCAUCACCAUUUUCUUGUUAUUUUAUGUCAUAGGUCAUUUUAUGUCCUGACAGAUACCGUAAUGUGACAGUGUUGUAGCUCUCAAUCAGUUACCUGCAUUCUUUCAUUUCCUACCCACUUAGAUUCACAUCAAAACUAUGAAGCGAGCACAAAACAUUUUCAGCCUUUUAUCUGGAUAUGUUUGGAUCUUAGCCUGUAGUUUGAUGACCAUUCAGAUUCAUUUUGGGCUCAAUCUGUCGUUAAGUUAUCAGACCCCUCUAUCGUCUUCCUCGGUGUGAAGCACCAAUCAUUGACUCUCUAGCCACCCUCAGCUCCACCAAAGGUUUUCUUUUGUACUGAGUGUGUUUACGUGUACAAGUGUCAAGGUCAUGGGUCAGAGAUGUCAGAUCAGGUCUGUGAUCGAGUGUCCAGGACUCUUAUUGGUUCUCCAGGUGUUUAAUCUGGUUUCUGUGUCUCAUCGAAUCCCGAGGACUGGGAUUAUGUCUCCAGGGGUCAGAUGCAUAAAACAACUAAAACUGUGUGUACGCACAAAGGCAGAAAUGUACAUUUGCAUUCUUUUCAUCAGAUUUAUAGAGCUGUGUGUGCGCCUGGUUGUUUGUUUUUUAUCAGUCUCAAUCACUGUGGCGCAGGGUGCACCUGCACGAGCAUCAUUUAUGCACCCACAGUUGGCCAUAAAUGGAUGUAGAAACACCCUUAAACAUCUGUUUGCAUAUUGAUACUUGUGUUUUUUGUCUCAUAUUUAAACUCGUCCUUACCACCUUACCAGCAGCUAUCUCAUCAAAAACCAAGUGUAUGCGUGGUCUGAAGAAUGCCUGAGGUACGCACAUUCCUCUGUUAUAAAUACUAGUUUAUGUGUGGGAGAAGGCGUAUGCAUUGUUUCUGAGAGCACACAUUGUUUGCUGCAUCUGGCCCCAGGUGUCUGAGACAGUUUCCAGGACUGCUGUUGGUUCUCUGGGUGUCUAAUCUGGUUUCUGAUGAAGUCUUCAGGUCUCUAGUAAGGUGUCUGGGUCUCUGAUCUGAUGUCCAGAUGUCUUAUCGGCUCUCCAUCUUCACAUCUCUCUACUGUCUCUGUCAUCUCUGAUAUCCCUCAUAUCGUCACAGGUGUAUUAAUAUUUAUGAUGAUGUUUAUAUUUCUAAGUACUUGAGUCCAGCAUGGACUUGCUCAGACAGCUUGGAUCACAGUCCUGGAUCAGUGCAGUUUCUACUACUGGUGCUAGACAUUUUCACUCCUCAGAAACACUCUCGGGUUAUUUGGAAGCAUCUCAGCUGCUUUCUCACAGCGACCUCGACUGCCAGCACUCUAACACCAAGAUGCAUUGUUGCUUUUUGUAAAAAGACUUGUUGUUUUCCUCUAGCACUCCUCAUCACGCAGCUCUGCCCCGCUUAGCCCAGGACAGUGUGUUGGCAACAUAAGCAUAAGUGUGUCCUUUUGUGAAGUCGGUCAAGAAGAGUAGAUCGUCCAUGUUGGGGAGAAGAGGCAGGUUCAGUUCUCAGAAUUUUUGAGUCGUCAGUCGACGGAUUAAUUAUCUAAACAGUUACUGAUGACUCUUUUGAACCGUUAACCCGGGUGCUGAUUCCACUCUCUUUAAUGAGCAAAGUUGCUGCUUUUGUUUCAUGUUUUGGGACUGUUGCUCACACACAAGGGCCGUGGGAACUGAACUGCUGUUGUGCAUUUUCCCUUCAUUUAUCAUCUUAAUAUUGAUUUACAAACUUUAAUAGCUGCUGGCCACCUUCAGAGGAGGCAGAGCCUGAGACAGCACACAGGUGAAGCCAUCAACAUUAACUGAAGCUCAACAAGUUGUCAGUGUUUAUUUUUUGUGUCAUUUCUCAGCUGGGUUUUGGUUCAUUUGUCCUUCUACCGUUAUGUACAUAAGACUCAGUUAAACUGUAAUAAUUUAGCUUUGGAAAACAGUUGUUUGGAAACCUAAAGGUGACCAGGGAGGUUUUGUAGUUACUUAGUUGACACACCAAAGGGGAUGAAUUUGCUGCAGAUUUCUCCACUCGUUUCUCCUGUGAACAUUUUCUUUUUGUACAAACAAACAAAAAAAACAGCACCUGACCCCGUAUCGCUGCCUUGAAAUAAUCUCAAGUUUCAGUGAGACAGAAAGCACAAUGUCCAGAUGCUGAUUUCAGUUUCCUGCUCCGUGUUGAACAGAUUGUAUGCAGUAUGAGCCUGCAGCAGUCAGGACUGGCAUUGAUGCACCGACGCAGAAAUAAUUUGAGGUUUGAUGUGAAGAGUUGCAUUUUUUUGUGACCUUGCUCUUUAAAAGCUUUACAUCAGAAAUGCAGCAGAAAUCUGGUGUGCGGUGGGUGUUCAGAGGCGUUUGGUUCACAUGUGACACUUCUGAGUCACAUGCAGAGCACUUUUUGUUUUGGAUAAAGCCCGCUGUAGAUUUUUUUUGUUUUGUUAACUCACAUGAGACCAGCAGCAUUUUGCACAAGAUGAGAGGAGCCAUGUCAAGAGAGCAAGACUUUUCUUCAACAGUUAUGUAAAAACCAGCUUGAUGUUAUGAACUUUCUAAGUCGAGUCAGAAUGGUUUUCUAUUAAAAGAACAAUUUUG